AUUAAAAUCUUGAAUUAAUGUCAUAAAGAAAACAAUUAAUCUCAGCACACAUCAAAACAGUUUUAAUAUCUGAAGCUAGAGGUAGAUUCAAGCGAUGCCAACUAUGCUAGAGGGAGUUUGGACUACUCAGACCAGAACAUUAGUGUAAAAGGUUAGAUGUAUAAACUUUACUUUAGAUGUCGACGUGCCGUUUGUAAUUAAUGUUCAGAGCAUAAGGUAGUUUACUUAACAGAGACAGGACCAAGUAAAAGAGCAAGAAGAAAUUGUAAUUCUUGUAAAGAAGAAAGCGAAUGGAUCAAAAGAUUUAUCGAAUAACAAAAAAUUGUUUUUGGAACUAAUACCUUUGCUGUUGAAUGGCUAAAGGCAUCAGGAUUAACAGUAGAUCAUGCAAAUCAAGUAAAAUUGACAUAAUAUAGUGUAGGAAUAUGAAAAAGCUCAAAAAGGGUUAAAUCCAAAUAAAGAAAAUAGUGAUUUCCAGAAAAUGAAAUUAGAUUUGAACUCAGUCAUGAUGGAGCUAUGGUUUAAUCUCAAUUACUCCCUUAGAGAAUUCUUUAAUUAUCUAAUCAAAGAAAAUGAGCGCGAAUAGUUGGCUCAAAAAAUUGGUAGAGUUUUAGGCUGCCUUUUAUAACAUUAUCCAAAUAUAGGAUAUGUUGCUGAUUAAGUUCUAAUUACUCUAUUUUUACUAUGCUUCUCAUCUGAAGCAUCUGCUUAUGUUUUAUUAACUGUUUUAUAUUCUGAUAUAAUUCCAUUUAAUACAUAUCCAUCACAAUUAAAAAGAUACUCUUAUGAUUAUCUGAGUGAAAUUGAAAAGAUUGCUUAGGUUUUAGAGUAGGCUUACUAACUUAAAUAAAAUAAAGUUACUCUAAUUAAACCAUUUAUGAGAAACAGAAUUUAAAGAUAUUUAUAACCUUUUGGGAUUAAUUUCUUUCUAUUAUAAACAAGUUUCUUCUUCAUGAAUUUAAUCCUCUUAAGUCCUACUUUAGGUUAUGAUAACUUUUUAAAAUGUUUAGCUUCUGCAUUUUAUGCUUAAAUGGAUGAAAUUUAAAUGUUCAAUUAAUAAUUUGAAGAAAUAGAAGGAUAAAUUUUGAAAGGAGUUAAUUCUAGCAUUAUUGAAAAAAACUAUGUAUAAACUAAGUUAAUUAUAUUUUUAUCUCAUUCUUAAGGAAUUACAUAAAGUGUUAUCGUUUCAAGACCUUUAGAAAAAAAUAAAGAUACUAAUUAAAUUAAGACUGAAUUUAUUAAAGAUAAAAAUACUUAGUAGAGAAAUGAAUAGGAUGAUGAAAUGCUAAAAUAUACAGUUACUCAAACUAAUGAAUUUUAGGAUUUAAGAAGGAAAACAGUUUAAAUUGUUUUAGAACCAUAAGUUGAUGAAGAGAAAGAUACUUUAAAAAAAUAUAUUUAAUAAAUUGAAGAACUACUAAUAAAUAAACAUAAAUUAGUCAAUGAAUUAUCAAUAUAAGUAAAAGAACUCUAAAAUUAACCAUUAUAAAUAAUGAAUAAAGAUGUAGAUUAAUAAGUCUUGGAUGCUAAUGAAUAAUUGAGAAAGAAAUUAGCUUAAUAAAAUUUAGAGAUCUAAGCUUUAUAGGAAUAAAAAAAAUAUUCAGAUAAAAUUUAAGAGGAUAAUUAAAAUAUUAUCAAUAAUUUAUAAAAAAAUAAUUAAGAAUUAUAUGGGCAAAUAAAUGCAUAUAUUCUUUAAAAUUAAGAACUUUAAUAAGAGAUUGCAGAUCUAAAAUUGUUAUCUACUCAGUAAUCAGAAAGUUCAAUGACUGCUUCUUAAAUUGAAAAGAAUUAUUAAAUUAAUAUCUCUUUGUAAUCAAGACAUUCUGAACAAGAAUUAACAUCAAAAAUAGAAGAAGAUAGAUAAAAAAUAUUUUAAUUAGAAUUGCAGGUUAAUUAACUUAAUAAAGAGUAUAUAGCUUUGCAAUAAUUAAAUUAAGAUAAACUCAGAAUCAUAGGAAAUUUGGAGGUUAGAUUAAUAUAAACAGAAGCUGCUAAAAGAGAAUUUGAAAAGUUUUCAACUGAGAAUGUAGAAAUCAAAAAAAAAUUACAAAACCACGAAUUAGUAAUUAUUUAAUAAACAGAAUAAUUAUAAUUGUUUUAAUCAAGGUAUGAUUUAAGAAUGUCAGAACUUGAUGCAGCUAGAACAGAAAAACUUAUUAUGACUGAAGAAUUUAAUAAGAAAGAGGCUGAGCAUCAUUAAGCUCUUUCAGCAAUUCAAAAAUAGUUUGCAGAUUUAUAAAUCUUAUAUAAUUCGAUUAAUUAAUAAUUGAAUGAAUCUCUAUAAAUCAAUUAGAAAUUGUAGUAAAUAAUUAUAGAAAAGGAUGCAGAAAUUUCUAUGCUACAAAAACAUUUGUCAGAAAGAGAUGUAAUAAUUAUAGCCUUAAGAGAAGCUGAUGUAUUGAUGAAAUAAUAGAAUUCUAAUUUAUAAAAAUAAUUAGAAGAAAGUGAAUCAAAAUUAUAUUAAAUCUAAAUAAAAUUGAAUUCGAUUGAAGAUCAUUAAUAAAGAACUUAAAAUGAAGCUGGAUCUCUAAAAGAAUAAUUAUUAAAGUUGUCUAGUGAUUAUCAAUAAUUAAAUGAUAAACAUAGAUUAUUAAUUAUAGAAUUUGAAAAUUGCUAAAUAAAAUUGUCAACUUUAAACUAAGAACACAUUUCAUUAAAUCAAGCACACAGUGCAUUAAAUUCAGCACAUAUUUCAUUAAAUUAAGAACAUACUUAAUUAAAUUAAGCAUACAGUUCAUUAAAUUAAGCACACAGUUCAUUAAAUUAAGCACACAUUUCAUUAAAUUAAGAACAUACUUCAUUAAAUUAAGCAUAUAGUUCAUUAAAUUAAGCACACAUUUCAUUAAAAUAAGAACACAGUUCAUUAAAUUAAACAUAUAGUUCAUUAAAUUAAGCACACAGUUCAUUAAAUUAAGCACACAUUUCAUUAAAAUAAGAACAUACUUCAUUAAAUUAAGCACACAGUUCAUUAAAUUAAGCCCACAUUUCAUUAAAAUAAGAACAUACUUCAUUAAAUUAAACAUAUAGUUCAUUAAAUUAAGCCCACAUUUCAUUAAAAUAAGAACACAGUUCAUUAAAUUAAGCACACAUUUCAUUAAAAUAAGAACACAUUUCAUUAAAUUAAGCACACAGUGCAUUAAAUUAAGCACAUAUUUCAUUAAAUUAAGAAUACACUUCAUUAAACUAAGCAUAUAGUUCAUUAAAUUAAGCACACAAUUCAUUAAAUUCAGCACAUAUUUCAUUAAAUUAAGAAUACACUUCAUUAAAUCAAGCACACAUUUCAUUAAAGGAGAAUCAUAAAGUAACUAUUUAUGAACUAGAAUAAUUGAAAUUAAGAUUUGCUCAGUUAUCUAAUGAUCAGAAUAAUUGGUAAGAAUAAUAUAGAUUAAUCUAAAUAGAAUAUGAAAAUGAAAAAACUAAUUCUUAAGAAAAAAUUAAAAUUAUAAAUGAACUUAAACUUCAAUUAGUCAAAUUGGAAGAAGCUCAUCAUUUAAAAAUGUAAUUACAUUUAACAAAAAUGUAAGAAUUAGAAUUACUCAUUACAACACAUGAAAAAAGAAUUUUUGAAUUCAAAUCUUUGAGUGAAACAUAAAAAAGUGAAAUUACUCAACUAUUGGCUAAAAUAGCUUUAUAUGAAUCAGAAAGAGCUGAAUAUAUUGCAAAAAAUUAAUCUUUAACUAUUUAAUGGACUGCUAGUUUGGAAAAACUAAAAGAUUUUGAAUUUAAAUAUAAUACCUUAGAAUCAGAAUUUUCAUAAUUGUAAAGGAGAGUUUAAGAACUGAGUCAUCAAAAUGGAGAAUACAAGAUUUUGAUUGUAUAAUUAGAGGAAAGAAUUACUGUAUUAAUUGCAGAAAUUAAAACUAAAGAUGUGGAGAUUGUUAAAUUUGUUUAAGUAAUUGAAUCCUAGAAAUAAUCUAUGAUAGAUUAUGAGGAAUUAAUUAGAAAGUUAAAGGCUUAAAUUGUCGAUUUAGAAAAAUAUAGCCUUAAAUUGAAAACAACCUUAAAACAUUAUAAGGAGCUUUCAAAAGAAAUGUCAGAGUUAGAUUGAUUUUGAGAUAAUAUUUACA